ACCACUCGCCAACCGUGAAUUGUGAAUCGCAGGCUAUUGUAAAAUCUGACGCUGAAUGGACUGGUUGUUAUUACGAGAAAAUAUUUGCGAAGCCAUAGACGAAAAUUGACGAUGGGUUGUUGUGUGCGCAAUUACACAAACCCAAAAGAACAUAAUGAGUUUAAUGUAGGUCUCUUACCUGCUUCUAUGGAAAGGUUUUAUACAGACUACAUAAUGCAAGAGAAGCCUGUUAUUCUAGAAGAAUGUAUGACUCACUGGCCAGCUUUGACCAAAUGGACUGACAACAAUUAUUUUAUAAAUCUAGCUGGUUUACGAACAGUUUCUAUAGAGAUUGGCAAGGAAUAUACUGACUCUGAGUGGACACAAAAACUAAUAACUAUGAAAGAAUUUAUUGAAACAUAUAUUUACCAAAAUAAGGGACCAACAGGUUACCUAGCGCAGUAUCCAUUGUUUACGCAAAUUCCAGAACUACAUGAAGAUAUCAUAGAGCCUGAAUACUGUAGUUUUGCAGAAACAGAUGAUGGUGUCAAUAUUAUGGCAUGGUAUGGACCAAAAGGUACCGUAUCUCCUUUGCAUCAUGAUCCAACAAAAAAUUUGCUGGCUCAAGUUGUAGGUGAAAAAAAAAUUUACCUAUUUUCUCCGAAUGACUCAGAAAAUUUAUAUCCUUAUGAAAGUGAACUUCUUGAUAAUACCGCAAGAGUAGAUCCUAGGAUUCCUGAUUUGAACAAGUAUCCUAAAUACCAAGAUGCUAAAGCCUAUUAUUGUGUAUUAAAACCAGGACAAAUGUUGUUCAUACCACCAAAAUGGUGGCACUUUGUUGAGUCACUUUCUAUUAGUUUUUCAGUCAGCUUUUGGUGGACAUAGCACAUCAAUUAUUUGUCACAGCCACCUUUGAAAACUCAGUGUAAACUCUAUAUAGCGACACCGAAGGAACUGACCAUGUUCUUGGAGAGCUGUUAUAUGAAUAGACAUCUAAAUAGUAUGUACUACAGAGUAACAAACAAAUAGAUACAUUUUAGUGAGUUGUGUUGAUGUGAAUUCAAGAGGUACUACUUGGAGUUCAAACUUUUACAAUUAAUAUGAAUAUUUUUUUUUAACAUCUGUUCUUUUUCUACAAAAAUAUAUAACUGUAAUGUAUGAAGCCCAAAUAUGUAAUUAAUUUAUGAGUUAAAUAACCUAGUCAUUAAAUGUAUGUUGUACAAAA